AUGUCAGAUUCGCCGUCCGUUCCCGAAGAUCCUUGGCCAAAUCCCCUGGUGACAUCUGCUGUGCCUGCCCAACAUGAUUGCUUCAAGGAUUCCAUUCAUGGACGUAGCCCACGUCACCACUUAGAGCAGGGCCAGCAUCUGUCCCAGGGGCCUAGAGAGGUACCAUCGCCAUCCCGCGCUGAAUCCCCCACGGCCCACUCUUGGUCUCAUCCCCCAUCUCGAUUACCCAUAAAAAGGACGGCGACCACGCCGCCGGAAAAUACCGCACACCCAGAUCUUGUUUACAGACCUCAGCUGUCAGAACGCGAUAGCAUUUUUGCAACUCACUACCUCCCCUCCGAUAGCGGUGCAAAUACCCCACAAUUGCCCCCAGCACGGGCUCAGAGCAAUGAGCGCCAGGUCAAUCUAAUUCCUAGCCUUGAGGAUGCAUCUGUAUCUCCAAGUCCAUCCAUCAAGGUCUCUCCCCACCGUUUUAACGUCGACCCUUCCCCCAUGGAAGUUGACGUCCACAGACAUUCUCCAUUGCGUUCUUCCACUCUCUUCCCAUCCUCCGACGUCCCCCGCGUGUCUCUGCUGCGCGCAUCGACCUCGCCGACUGAUGAUUCGAUCCCGAAAGUAGAGGCCGGCGGGCUGGCUCAUCUAGGGUCUCAGCGGUACAAAGUGCCAUCGGAUGACAAAGGUACGAAAACCAGUCGUUUGCAAGGCACUUCACCUGAACAAAGUCUCCUACCACCCGCAUUAGAUGAUGCCUCUCAUACUUCCGCGACCGGUGGGAAUCUCUUGCCCCACGGUCCUCCGGAAGAAACCCCCCAACCCCAUGCUGCCCUUGAACGAAGCUCAAGCAGAGGCCGUCGUGGCCGAGUUGACAGCUCAAUUGAAGCUAAUUUGACCAAUGCGGAGCCGGCUUCUAACGUUCGCAGCCGUAAGUCUAGCCACUAUUUGGGCCUCUUCAAAGAAAAUACCACAUCGCCGGACCGCAAACGGUUGCAAGAUGAGCCCAGGGAUCAUGUCAAGAACUAUGAGCAAGAGCCACAUUGCUCGGAGAAGGGAAACACGCUUCGUAAAAGCAUAUCACUCCCCUCGCUUGGCGACGGUCCCUCUCUUGAACCUCCACCUGAAGCUGAGCCGCAUGUACAAGACGAUGAGCCAUCUAAGCGUCGCCCCACGGCGCUGCCUCGGAAUCUCCUUGAAGAGAUCCGAAACUUCCAUCUCACGCCUGGCGGUCAUCAUGGAUCCUCUUUCUCGGAAAGUAUUCCGACUCAGUACUCAGAGCGCGGCCGUGAUUACUUCCAGGUGGAGUCUCAUGUGGGAGUCUCCCCCUCGGACUUAUUCGAGCAGGAAGAGGGGUCCAGGAAAUAUGGGGCCGAGGAAGAGGAGAAUGAACAGAUUUCUUCUGCGGUCUACUUCCCCCAUGAGCGCACGGUGCCUGAAGGGGUCGAGGCGCUACAGCAAUAUCCUGAAGGUCCUCAUGAUGUACGGCCAGUUCAGUUGAAGGCUUCAGAGAAAGGCCAAGACUUGAUGUUAGUACCUCAAGAGCGUAGCAAGUCCCCCGAAAAGGAAAUCAGCCAUGUGGAUAUAUCCUUUCGAUCUAAGAAUGAAAGUAAGAUCCUCUAUGGCGAUAUACAUUCUCCACGAGAGCAUGAGCCAGAAAAGCAUUUGCCUCUGAGUACCAUCCCUGAACGCAGCUGGGAUUCCACAUACGAAUCCGAUGUGGAUAUCCCGUCAGCAGAUGAAAGUCUGCACUUUGCCAAUGAGGAGACCGAUCUGACCGAUGAGGCGGAAACCCCAACGGCAACACCGACACAGCGUUCUCGGCAUCUCUCUCGCCCCAAAUCCCAACCCCCGCGACCUCUCGGUGCCGUGGAACUGAAACCUUACCGACACCAGGUUGGCGGACACACAACCGUCUUUCGGUUUUCGCGACGUGCUGUAUGCAAGCAGCUCAACAACAGAGAGAAUGAGUUCUACGAACGCAUUGAACAGAGACACCCGGAAAUGUUGGUGUUUCUUCCCAAAUAUAUCGGAGUGUUGAAUGUCACAUUUUCGAAGACGCCGAAACGUCCAAAGGAUCAGGCCGAUCUUACCAAUGGAAAAGCUCAAGAUGCAACGCGUGCCAAUGGAGCUUCGGCGUUAAGCGCCCAGCUGCUUGGACCAGCGGAGUCGCAAGAGCCACAGCGGAUUGUCAGCCAGUCCCAGGUCACAGGUGUGAUACCCAAAGUGAUCCUCGAGAACAAUCGUCAUAUCAUUCCUGCCGAUCUAUUCACCCGCCAGCAGCGACCGAAGACGGCGUGUGCUUCAGUGAGCCGCGCACGAUCUGUCGACGGUCUUCAGGGGAUGUCAGCAGAGUCCGACCCAUCGGCUCUGGCCAAGCGAGCCAAGAUAUGGGGUGCCACUACUGUAAAUCUUAAACUACAGGAGCAAGUCCUCCGUGAAGUAUUCAGCCCGCCUGCGAUUCAUCAUCAUCGACGCCAUGCUCGGGGUCACGUUCAUCUACCGAGGGCCAAUUCCGACUCACCUGCCAACCUCCCCCGCCGAGGGAACCUAUCGGAAGACCACACAGCUAGCAGUCGACGGCUAGCCCCUGGUUCAAUCACAGCUCUAAAAUCAGAAGCGAUUGACAUCGUGCCGUCUCCCGGUGAAGGACCUGCUCUUUCAUCGUCAGCAUCGACUGCCCUGGAAGCCAACCAAAACCGCCUGGAAAAGGUCAAAAGUGAAGAAGAGACUAACCGGGCAAGCUCGCUUUCUCGGGUUUCCCACCCGCGACGGCGGCAUUCCGGAAGUGGUCUUCAGAGACGCGGUAGCUUGAAUUCUCGGAACCAGGGCGAGCUAGUAUUCUUCGAUGACGAUGGCUAUGGUGGCGAUAAGGAGGACGACAUUUUCUCCAUGGAAACCGAUGCAUCGAUGCCUUCGAACACUUCUUCCAUCACCAAAGCCUCAUCUUCGCCAAUGUCAGAGGGUAUCUCGACCAGUGAUCACCAUGCAACCGACGGUUUCCCUCCUGGCAGACUUUCCGAUCCAUCCCGCUUCCAACCAAAGGAACCGGUCAAUACUGUCUUGCCCAGCAACCCGAAGGAGGCGCAGAUGAGAAAGGACGAAAGAGUGCAGUUCUUCUUGCUGCUUGAGGAUCUGACAGCUGGUAUGAACAAACCCUGUGUGCUAGAUCUCAAGAUGGGUACUCGUCAGUAUGGUAUCGAGGCGAAUGAGAAAAAGAAGAAGUCGCAGCGACGAAAAUGUCGGUCGACCACUUCACAACAGCUCGGUGUGCGGCUCUGUGGCAUGCAAGCCUGGAACGUCAAGAAGCAAGAGUACAUCUUCGAGGACAAGUAUUUUGGACGCGAUUUGAAAUCCGGUCGAGAGUUCCAAGAUGCACUCACUCGAUUCCUUUACGAUGGCGUCAGCUAUGCCAGUGUUGCCAAGAAGAUUCCUGUCAUCCUGGAAAAACUGGCUCUACUUGAGCACAUGAUUCGACAGCUGGAUUCAUACCGUUUGUAUGCUAGCAGCCUGUUGAUCCUGUAUGAUGGAGAACCCGAGUCACCUCCGCAAGAACUGAUUCCUUCCAAAAGCGAAGGCACAUCACUCAAACGUGGACGGACGGAUGAUGGAAAUCGCACAAUAGACGUUCAGUUGAAAAUUGUGGACUUCGCCAAUUGUGUCACUGGUGAAGACAAAAUGCCCCCAGAUACACCAUGCCCGCCUCACAAUCCGCACGAUAUUGACCGUGGAUAUCUGCGUGGCCUCCGCACGCUCCGCAUGUAUUUCCAGCGGAUCAUGAAGGAGGUCUGUCUCGAAGAGUUCGUGGAACGAGGUGAAGGUGAAGCCAUCGCGCUGGGCUCCCAACCCGCAGCUCGUGAAAGACCUUCUGACCAAUAUUGGGAUGAAACCAUGAUGGAAAGCGACGCCGGUGAAGUCAGCUUCUAG